AUGAGCCUGCCAGAGGGGUUUUACAUAAGACGGGUGGAAGAGAAGGAUUUCGAACAGGUCACGGAAACAUUGAAAGUCUUGACCACCGUAGGCACAAUUGCUCCUGAGGCCUUCAGCAACCUCCUCAAAUACUGGAACGAAUCCACAGUGUGGAAUGACGACAAUGACAAGAAGAUCAUGCAAUACAACCCUAUGGUGAUCGUGGACAAGCGCACUGAGACCGUCGCCGCCACGGGCAACAUCAUCAUCGAAAGAAAAAUCAUCCACGAACUAGCGUUAUGUGGCCACAUCGAGGACAUCGCGGUGAACCCGAAGUACCAAGGCCAAGGCUUGGGCAAACUCUUGAUCGACCAGCUGGUAGCCAUCGGGUUCAGCUACGGCUGCUACAAGAUCAUCUUAGACUGCGAUGAGAAGAACGUCAAAUUCUACGAAAAGUGCGGGUUCAGCAACGCAGGUGUGGAAAUGCAAAUUAGAAAGUAG